ACCGGAAACUCCGGGAGGCGGGACGGAAGGGUCGGGCUUUCUUCGAGCGGGUACUGGUCGAACUGGAGGGAGCCGGGGAAAAACCUGGGCCCGGGCCCGGGGCCGGGGCCGGAUCUGCAGGUCCCCGAGGGCCGGGAGAGCGGGGCUCUGGGGUAACGGCGGCGGCAGCCGGAGGCGAGCGAGCAGAUGGGACGCAGGAGGCCAAGGCCCGCUCGGGGCCAGGCUCGGGGGUUGCGGGGGGAGCUGGAGCCGGGGCCACCGCAGCCUCAGGGGCUGGGGCCGGGGCUUCCUCCAUGUUCGCGGGGUUGCAGGACCUGGGGGUGGCCAACGGCGAGGACCUGAAGGAGACACUGACCAACUGCACCGAGCCCCUCAAAGCCAUCGAGCAGUUCCAGACAGAGAAUGGUGUCCUACUGCCAUCAUUACAGUCUGCUCUGCCUUUCUUGGACCUGCAUGGGACACCUCGGCUAGAAUUCCACCAGUCAGUUUUUGAUGAGCUGAGAGACAAGUUAUUGGAGAGAGUGUCUGCCAUUGCUGCUGAAGGAAAGGUUGAAGAAAGGUACAAGAAGCUAGAAGAUCUCUUGGAGAAAAGUUUUUCCCUGGUUAAAAUGCCUUCCCUCCAGCCAGUGGUGAUGUGUGUAAUGAAACACUUGCCAAAGGUUCCUGAAAAAAAAUUGAAACUGGUGAUGGCUGACAAGGAGCUAUAUCGGGCAUGUGCUGUGGAGGUAAAGCGACAGAUUUGGCAGGAUAACCAAGCUCUGUUUGGUGAUGAAGUUUCUCCACUGCUCAAACAGUACAUCUUGGAGAAGGAGAACAUCCUCUUCAGCAAUGAAGUGUCUGUCUUGCAUAAUUUCUUCAGUCCGUCUCCUAAAACAAGACGUCAGGGGGAGGUAGUACAGAAACUGACACAAAUGAUUGGGAAGAAUGUGAAACUCUACGACAUGGUGUUGCAGUUCCUUCGAACCUUAUUCCUGCGGACAAGGAAUGUCCAUUACUGUACCUUGAGGGCUGAGCUGCUAAUGUCAUUACAUGACCUGGACAUCAGUGAUAUUUGCAUGGUGGAUCCGUGCCAUAAGUUCACCUGGUGUCUUGAUGCUUGCAUCCGAGAAAAGUUUGUUGAUAAUAAGAGAGCUCGGGAGCUGCAGGGAUUCCUGGAUGGAGUGAAGAAAGGUCAAGAGCAAGUGUUGGGUGAUUUGUCUAUGAUUCUAUGUGAUCCCUUUGCGAUUAAUACGCUGUCCUUGAGCACCAUAAGACAUCUGCAAGAACUGGUGGGUCAGGAAACCUUACCCAGGGAAAGUCCUGAUCUGCUUUUACUGCUAAGAAUGCUCUCCCUGGGACAGGGGGCUUGGGACAUGAUUGACAGUCAGGUCUUCAAGGAGCCAAAGAUGGAAGUGGAGCUGAUCACUAGGUUUUUGCCAAUGCUUAUGUCUUUUGUGGUGGAUGACUAUACUUUCAAUGUAGAUCAGAAACUACCAACAGAAGAGAAGGCAUCAGUCACAUACCCUAACACCCUUCCUGAAAGCUUUACCAAGUUCUUGCAGGAGCAUAGGAUGGCCUGUGAAAUGGGGCUUUAUUAUGUCCUUCACAUAACAAAGCAAAGGAAUAAAAAUGCUUUUCUCCGACUUUUGCCUGGAUUAGUGGAGACAUUCGGAGACCUGGCCUUCAGUGAUAUAUUCCUUCACCUGCUCACUGGGAACCUUACUCUGCUGGCAGAUGAAUUUGCUGUGGAAGAAUUCUGUACCAGUUUAUUUGAUGGAUUUUUCCUCACCUGCCUCUCAAGAAAGGAGAAUGUACACCGCCAUGUUCUCAGGCUCCUGAUUCACCUGCAUCACAAAGUGGCCCCUACUAAAUUGGAAUCCCUCCAAAAGACUUUGGAACCUACCAGUCAGAGUGGGGAGGCUGUGAAGGAUCUUUACAACCAGCUUGGAGAGAAACUGGAACACCUGGAACAUUGCAAACCCAGUCCAGCCCAGGCGGUGGAAGCUCCUGCUUUAGAGCUACCUCUUCCUGCUGUCCCAACUCCAGCAGCGCUUUGAGGUGCUCUGACCCUGGCCUCGGUCGUGGUUAUGGUACCUGAGGACAUGUAGUUUUCCAUAGCCCUUGAAGGUUGGGGAAUUGUUUGUCAUCACUACACUGUGAAGAAUUUCCUGAGGACUUUAUAUUGAAUGCUGAAGUUUUGUUAGUGUUACAAAGUCUGUGCAGUUAGCAGAUCCUAGCUUCGUCAAGGCCAGUGGGAAGGGUCUGAAGAUAGUGUGUAUGUGUCUACACAGAAAUCCAAGAGGUUUCUUCCUUAUUAGGGAACGAAUUGGUGGAAGAUAAGAAUCGUUCACCUCUCUUAACCUGAGUUAUUCAAAGUGGUCAUGGUGGUUUCAGUGCAGUGUUGGGUGAAUGUGCGUGAUAAAAAGCAAAAUGUCAUAGAGUCUUCAUGAGCCUCUUUGAUAGAUAAGUACAGAAUUGAAUAAUUCUAUAAUCUAGGCUUCCAGUUAGAUUGGAAUUAUUUGUUUAGAAUUUUAUUCAUUGUUCCAUUUCUGGCCUACUAUGUAACCUUUAUAUAGGCAACCUCUGUGCCUUAGUUUCUUUGUCUGUGAGAUGAAGAUGAUAAUAUGUGCCCCUUUAGAACUAGAUCAUUCUUUAGUGGCUGAUGGAUUUAGAGAGUUUUUAAAAAAAACCUUUUUUUUUUUUUAAACUCUGGGAUGGCCUCUCAGGUCAGGAGGAAAAGUAUUUUAGGAGUUCUUUCCCCCUCCUCCCCCUACUGUUGCUGCUGGAUUCCUGGAAUUGGGUCAUAGGACCAAAAGAUACUUGCGUUUUUUACUCUCUGGCAGACCUCUUUAGACCUCAGCCUUGAUGUUGUGUUUUAUACUUGCAGCCUUAGAAGGCUGUGUGGAUUUUUUUUUUUAAGACUUGGUCUCUCUGUCUCACCCAAGCUGUAAGAAUAGCAGCCACUCACAGACCUCACCUUGCUGCUGAUGAGAAUGGAAGUUUUGACCUGCUCUGUUUCCAGCCUGGGCUGGUUCGCCACUUCUUAGGCAGCCUUGUGGCUCUCUGCUUCCAGGGACUCACCAUAUCGGUGCCAGACUUAGUGCAGACACCCGUCAGCUUUAGCCCUUCCUACGGCAGCUCAGAACUCUGGAACCCAAGUGACCCACCAGACUUAGCCUCCAGCAGCAGGGACUACGGGGGUUUGCCAUGGCGCUCAGCCUCUCAGAAGUCUUAUGUGUUUUCUUACGUUUUUAAAUGCCUUGGAGAACUUCUUGGCUCUUAUUUUGUUUUGUUGGUUUUUAAUUACUAUAAUAAAGGUGGAAGGACAGUAGUUACAUAGGUUAAAAAGGCAGCUUCUGUUUUAUGCAAGAAUAGAACCAACCAUGUGUUCACAUAGUCAUCUCCAUCUUGGAGGUGUCAGAGCUGAACCUUGGACACUUCCUUUAAUGAAAGAGGAAUUAGAUACUUAGGCCUCACUAGAAGGGCUUCACUUUGAACUGUUAAGCUGCCUCCUAAAACCCCACGUUGGCAGCUGUGAGACCUGAUAAAAGAAAGGGACUAUUUCAGUCUGAUUCCUCAAGUGGACGAUAGGGCUUCUGAAUUCACAGAACAGUCAAACCACAUUAGUUUGGGGGAGUAUGCCUUGAACUGGUGAACAUUCAAAUUAUAUAUACUGUCAAAGAAAUAGUCUAGUACUUUCCAGUAAAUGCUGGAAUCAGUGCUAAAUUUUCAGGCAUUAUUAUGUAGAAUCACUUAGAUGAUCAUUAGGAAAUGAUGUAUAUGAAAACAAGUGCUUCUUUAACAAUUGAAAACAAUUUGUUCUCAGGUUGGUCACCUCUCUAUCCCUACAAAACAAAUCUUUUUUUUGUUUUAACUUCAAGAAUUUGCUUAGCAGGUCCUUGACAGGUUGCACAAAUUUAUGUAAUACAUUACAUACUUACAUAAAUUACAUACUUUAUUUUGGGCCCAGCCAUCCCAAACCGAAAGUGACUAAGGCCUGAGUAAUUGAAAUACUGUACUUGACAGCCUCCGCAGUCACGACGGCAGUUCUGCUGCCAGUUGUAUAGCUACAAACAACA